CAGACGACGAUCUAAAAGGGGCGUCACCGAAGAUUGAAAAAAAUAAAUAUUGAAAAAUGGCGCUCAAUGGCAGGAUUUUGCUAACAGCAGCGAGGAAUUUCGCUAAAUUGCAGUAUCGAGCUCCCAUUAGAACUAUUGUUUCAACGACUCCCAGACUCACUGAUAUGAAGGAACCAGACGACAUCAGAGAACCCUUCAUUCCUCCUUAUCAAGAAAAAAUUGACGAACCUAUCAAGAUGAAGAAAGCACGACUCCUAUACCAGUCCAGGAAAAGGGGCAUGUCUGAGAACGGCCUUCUUCUGAGCACAUUCGCAGCAAAAUACUUGGAACAGAUGGACGAAAAAACUUUGCAGGAUUACGAUCGUCUAAUUAACUUACCAUCAAACGAUUGGGAUAUUUUCUACUGGGCCUCUGGUGUGAAGCCAACACCUGCCGAGUUUGACAAUGAAAUCAUGAACAGGUUGAAGGAGCAUGUCAGCAACAAGGACCGAGAGGCAAGGCUUCACCAGCCUGCUUUAUAUUAAAAAUUAGCUGCGCAUUUAAAAUCUAAUAAUGUUGUAAAUAGAUCGUAGAUAUAACCUAUUAAAAUAACUGUGUUAUAAAAUUAA